AUGGUAGUUGCAAUCGAAGGUGGUACAGGCUUAGGCCUUAUGAAUCUUACUUGGAAACCAACUCCAACCCCAAUUGAUGAUGCAAUUGAGACAAUUAGAUAUGCUGUUGAGGAAGCUGGUGUCAGAUACUUGAACGGAGGAGAGUUCUACAACUUUCCUCUUGAUUCAAACCUGAAUUUGCAGUACAUUCAGGAAUUUGCAAAAAGGUACCCCGAGCUAUAUAAAAAGGUGAGUCUGUCGGUAAAAGGUGCUGUCAGUUUGGUCGAUGUGAGCCCCGAUUCUUCCCCGGAGAACCUUGAAAAAUCGAUUUCAAACAUAACCAAACAUUUGCCGAACAACUUCCUGCCAAUUUUUGAGCCUGCUAGAAUCGAUAAACGUUACUCCAUUGAGGAGACAAUAAAGAAUCUCUCUAAGUUCGUCGAAGAUGGCAGAAUUGGAGGUAUUUCACUUAGUGAAGUUGGUGCUGACACUAUCAGAAGAGCUGCGAAAGUGGCUCCCAUCGCCUGUGUGGAAGUGGAGUUUUCUCUAUUGACUAGAGAUAUUCUUCAUAAUGGAGUUCUUGCUGCUUGUGAGGAUUUGAACAUUCCUAUUAUUGCCUACAGUCCCUUGGGAAGAGGAUUUUUGACUGGAACGAUAAACAGCAAAGCUGACAUUCCUGAAGGUGAUAUCAGGUUAAGUUUGGAAAGAUUCAAUGACGAUGAAGUUAUUGAACACAAUUUGAAACUUGUUCACGGUUUGAAAAAGAUAGCCGACAAAAAAGGAGUCACAUUGGCUCAAUUGUCUCUUGCGUGGUUACGAAAGUUUGGAGAUAAACACGUCAAGGUGCUUCCUAUUCCAAGCUGCUCAUCUCCUCGUAGAGUUGCAGAAAACACAAAAGAGAUUUCCUUGACUGAUAGCGAGUUCCAGGAGAUUACUGACUUUGCAGAGUCGGUUCCAAUCAAAGGUGGUCGUUACAACAAAGCAAGUGAGGCUGUUCUUAACGGUUAG